AAAACGGUAACAACGUUGUGUAUACAAACACUAGUGUUAUUCUGCAGCUCUAUACAAUCUUCUGUGUUGCUAGAUCAGUACUGUUGUUAUGCCACUAUUGUCAAUGGUUUUAGUGUGCUCGACAAACGUCCGUUUCAAGUCCUUAUCUAUGGUGACCACCGACCCUGGAAAUCUGAUGGCGACAAUCAUUCCAGUCGUGCACCUUGUACUUUGUCUUGUUUGCAACGAUAAGCUCUUCCCCACAUUGUCAUCAGCCAACUCGCACGAGCAUGACGCCUCGUCUCUAACAAUUUUGACGUGAGAGCAAAAUAGAUCGCUUCCCUCAAGUUAUAAAGCUCGCAGCGAAGGCCGUCAUUGUUCCUAUAUCAUCCAGUUACUUUUUUGAUUCAUUUGAAUUUCGCCAUGUUACCCCAGAUCACCAAAGCCGAUCUUAAUUCUUUCCCUGCUACGCAUGACCCUCGUCAAGUUCACUGCGACCACGCAAUCACAUGUAGACGUAGAUGGACGUAUGCUUCAUGGGAGUUGUCGAAGAUCCAACAAGAAGAAAUCACACUCAAGGGCCACCAGUUGUCGAGGUGUCCUCGUUCUUCUGGAGCACCGUGUCUGAACCAGCGCAUGUCGGAAGCUUCCUUUUAUAUCCCGAUGUACACGCAACCCAGUCCAUCUCCCAGAAAAAAGCGGGCACUGUUGAUUGGAAUUAAUUACAAAGGUCAACACUGUGAACUGAGAGGGUGCAAUAACGACAUCCAUAAUAUCUUACCAUGCCUUAUUAAUCAAUGGGGAUACGAUCCCACAAACAUUGUACAAUUAAUUGAUGAUGGUUAUAACCCCCCGCCAACUAGGGCCAAUAUUUUACUUGAAAUGCGCCGCAUGGCAUCUUAUGCAAGGGCCGGUGACUCCAUGUUCUUUUAUUUUGCGGGGCAUGGAGGUCAAAUACGCGACCUGGAUGGCGACGAAGUUGAUGGAUAUGAUGAAUUCAUAUGUCCAGUCGACUAUCAACAGUCGGGUAUGAUUAGCGAUGAUGUAAUACAUGAAAUUAUGGUUAAGCCACUGGCAGCUGGCUCACGGUUGACGGCCCUUUUUGAUUCGUGUCAUUCCGGCACGGUGCUUGAUCUGCCUUACCUUUAUGACUCCAGACAGUGCAAGUUCGUCGAUGGCAUUACACCAGAUGCUCGCAUCAAGAAGUCUUCACAGGCACAAGUUGUUUGUUUCUCGGGUUGUGAGGAUUCCGAAGAGAGCGAAAGUAUCGCAAUGCCUGGUCAACCUAUUGGUGGACUUAUGACCUUUGCUUUCAUACAUGUUUUCUCUUGCACGCGGGCUCUCACUUUCCAAAACAGAUUCGAACAGAUACGCGCGUUUGUUCGUGCAACCUUACCGGACGCCAGACAACACCCUCAAUUUUCUUGCUCAAAUCCUCUCGAUAUAACGUUGCCUUUCUAUAUCUGAACGCUUGGAAGUCGGAUCGGGUUGUAAUCACUCCUUAUAUGUUAACAUGAUUUAUCUUGUUGACACCGCUCCAUUAUGAGCCACUCUUAAAGAACCUCGGAGUUGGGCCCGAAGCCUCGAUUCGGUUCACAUGUCCUUCAUCUAACAAUUGCACAGCGAUGAUUGGCCAGAUUGGCACAUGUCACGCUACUUCUGAAUCUUAUCGCGCCUUUUCGGUCGCGAGAGUGAUUAUUGUCUGGCAACAGGUGAUCGCAAGCCCCUGUUAAUCUCCGU